AUGGAGAUGCUGAAGAUGAAGGGAAAUGCGUCAACGAUUCCGCCUGCGAGAGAGUCCCCUGUGGGUAGAGAUGGAAAUGGAGCGGGCCUAGUGCGGGCUGAGCUUGCGGCGGACGCGGAUAUGGAUGUCGAGGUGGAUGUGACUGCGGAUAAUGUGGGCGGUGUGAAGGCGCUGGAUAAGCGGAGUUUUGAGUAUAUAUUUCGAAUCGUCGGGGCCCCCUGGACCGUGUCAAGAUCCUCUUCCAGACUUCUAAUCCCCAAAUUCGCCAAAUACUCCACCGGCUGGUUUGGUGUCGUGCGCGCCAUGCAGGACAUAAACAGCCACGAGGGCGUGCGGGGGCCUUUUCAAGGGCCAUUCGGCAACCUUACUGCGGAUCUUCCCAUUUACAACGAGAAUAAACCCACGACGGGAUCCGCUCCUGCCACCACCGCGACAACAGCUACAACUACAGCCACAGCCACAUCUUCUCUUACAUCACCAUCAAAACCCCACACACUCUCAUCAACGCCCCUCCACGCCCCGCGCUACGGCCUCUCGAACUUCUACCGCGGCUUCUCUCCCACCCUCCUCGGCAUGCUCCCCUACGCCGGCGUCUCCUUCCUAACACACGACACCGUCGGCGACUGGCUCCGCCAGCCAAAACUAGCCCCCUACACCACAAUCCCACACUCCGACAAACCUCCCGCCACCACCGGCACCGCCCAACCCUACAAGCGCGUCCAACUAACGGCCCCGGCCGAGCUCCUCUCGGGCGCGCUGGCGGGCCUCGUGUCGCAGACGAGCUCGUACCCGCUGGAAGUCAUCAGGCGCCGCAUGCAGGUUGCCGGGGCGGUGGGGGACGGGCAUCGGAUGCGGAUUGCGGAGGCGGGGAAGCGGAUCUUUGCUGAGAGGGGGUUUCGGGGGUUCUGGGUCGGGCUGACGAUUGGGUAUAUGAAGGUUGUGCCUAUGGUAGCGGUGAGCUUUUAUGUGUAUGAGAGGUCGAAGUGGUGGUUAGGGAUUUAG